AUGAGAAUGUUCCACGCUCGAUGUCACAAAACGAUUACUCGACCAGUGGAUUAGAACAACAACAUCAAGCCAUGCCCCCGUUUGUAAAUUCAUUUAGUGUGAAUAAUUCACCAGCACAAAAUGUUUUUGCACCACCAGUGACAUCAAAUAUACAAG